AUGCAGGCAUCCUGCCGGAGCCAGAGCCUUUGUCACAGAGCAAAAUAUGUGCAACUGGCCCAGGAGUUGGAGAAGUUGAAAGAGGAUCCAGGUGAAGGGCGCAAAGGAACGGCUUCAAAAGGGGGAAUUUCCCCCGCCGAGAACCGGGAAUCUUCCCCCAGCCCGCGCGCGCGACCCGCCGUUGCGCCGCGACCCGCGGUAAGUGGCUGCGCGCCGCGCGGGCGGAGGGCGGGCGGGGCGUCGGGGCAGCCUCGCACGGGCCCGCAAGCCUCGCUGCGGGCGGAGGCGCCGCGGGCUUUGCCCCUCGGGCGGCGGCGGCGGGAUAUGGCCCAGGCGCUGCGCCCCCAGACGUCCCCGGGUUGGGAGAGCAGCGGGAGGCGCAGAGGCAAGCGGGCGCCAUUUGCAGCCCCGGGCACAGCGGCGGUGGCGCGCCGGCUCUGA